AUGCAGGACCGUAAGGAACAACCGGCGGCUGCCACCUCUAAGGCCGAUCUCAAACCCCAAAAGAGUGACGAUCACGGUUUAACGACGUCUCCGAGACUUCGGGCCAACAGAGUUCCUGGCGAACGGUCGACGUCGCAUACCGCGGCGGCACAGGGUCCUGUCGACGCGUCCCGUCCUAGCGGAGGUACGACGACGCGCGGGAGUGAUGCGGUCGCCGUCGAGGAAGGAUUCCCGACCACGGCUUCGGCCCUGUUCGCGCCGCUGCUCAAGGGGGCCCAAAGACGAGUGUACACGACCGCGGCGUGCGCCGUGCUCUACCACGCGUACCUGCUGUUCGCCCUCGUCCGCCACUGGAACGCCGACGGGGGUCCCGACUUCUGCCGCCUCGUGUGGAUCCUGGCGCUCGUCACGCUCGUCGUGCACGCCUUCUUGGUGGGGCGCGCUCUGGCGCGACGCUUCGCGCCCACGAUUUGGGCCACCACAGCGGACGCGCUGCGCUACGACAAAAGGAUGCCCGCCGUACGGGUGUGUGUUCUAGUGGUCGGCCUGUGCUUGCUGGUGUACGACGCGCGUGAUCACCUGUCCCGGCUGGCGUCCUUGUGUGGCAUCGUGGUGCUGCUCGCUAUCAACUACCUCCUCUCGCGCAACAGGGCGAAUGUUCAGUGGAUGGUGCUGGCACGUGCCCUAACCCUCCAGUACGCUGCAGGUGCGCUGAUGCUGCGCUGGCAAGCGGGACGCACUGUGGUCGUGUGCUUGUCCCAGCACAUCGCGCGCUUCUUCGACCACGCCCAAGAAGGGAGUCGUUUCCUCUUCGGGCACCUGGCCGACGGCUCCAGCCUUUCCUUCCCUAGUGGAGCCCACGUGACAAUGCUGCCGGAAGGGCGAAACAGCUCCAUAACGUUUUUGCCCAUACUGGCCUUCAGCGCUAUGCCGGUGAUCUUCUACGUCGGCUUCUGCGUGAACGCGCUCUACUACUGGGGCAUCAUGCAAUCCGUCGUCACUAGUCUCGGAGGCUUCCUCAACCAUGUAGUUGGCUCCACCGCCUACGAGUCCACGUGCGCUGCCGGCAACAUGCUGUUCGGAUUGGGGCACAUGACCAUUCUAGAAGAUUAG